AAAAAAAAAGGCUGGUUUUCUGUUUUCAUUUUAUUUAUUUAUUUUAUUUUUGUUUCUGGUUUUAUUUUCUGUUUUGAGUUUUACAGAGAACAGCCUAGGAAGAAGCUUUUGUUGCUUUCUGCUAGAUGGAGGGGCCUUAGCUCUGCUUCUUUUCUGCCUCCGUUUUCGUCUCUCGUGUAUUUUCUGUGAAUCGAAAGCUUAAUUCAUCCUCGUCUCUGCAAGACUGCAACUGUGAUCCACACGAAAUCCGUCUUCAUUAGUAGUAUUUCUACGAUCAUCUUUCCUCAUUUGAGGUGGAACCGCUAAUUGGUUGGGAGGAAAACUUUUAAGUUCUGGAAACCUAAUGUCUCCACCACUGCUCGGUGUUGGGGAGGGACAGAGCAAUGUCUCAGUUGUUUCAUCGCCCUCUGUUGAUGGUAGCUGCCAGAAUGGCUCAGGAUUGAAAGAGCGUAAUUACAUGGGAUUAUCUGACUGUUCUUCGGUGGACAGUUCUGCAAUCUCUGGCUUAGCUGAAGAAAAUAAAAGCAGUCUGAAUCUGAAAGCCACAGAGCUUCGACUUGGGCUUCCUGGAUCUCAAUCUCCUGAAAGGGAUCCUGAACUGUGCCUUCUGAACCCUGGAAAACUCGAUGAGAAGCCCUUGUUUCCUCUACUCCCUUCAAAGGAUGGUAUCUACUCAUCUUCACAGAAAGCUGUUGUCACAGGCAACAAAAGGGGUUUCUCGGAUGCCAUGGACAACUUCUCGGAGGUGAAAAGUGCUGUGUUUACAGAAGGGAAUUGGAUGUUUCCCACUGUUGGAUCUGAUUCAGAAACUUCUCAAUCCAAGCCCCAAGGGAAAUUUCAUGUUAGCCCUGGGGUAAAUGCAAUUCUACCAGUGAGGCCUUCACUGAAUUCAGGAGUAAAAUCUGCUUCCGCGAAAGAACACUCUGGAACUCAGCCUGGCAUGAAGAAAGAUAUUGUGCCCCUGAAGCCUCGUGCUUCCAAUGAGACCGGUCAUAACACGAUAGGUGCUAGUAACAACAAUACCAGUGCACCUGCUGCUAAGGCACAGGUUGUGGGUUGGCCACCAAUUAGAUCAUUCAGGAAGAACACACUGGCUACCACUUCAAAGAACAAUGAUGAAGUCGAUGGGAAACCAGGUCCAGGUGCACUCUUUGUCAAGGUCAGCAUGGAUGGUGCUCCAUAUCUUAGGAAGGUGGAUCUUAGAACUUACUCUGCUUAUCAGGAGCUGUCUUCUGCUCUUGAGAAGAUGUUCAGCUGUUUUACCAUAGGUCAAUGUGGCUCCCAUGGAGCACCAGGGAGGGAAAUGCUGAGUGAGAGUAAGCUGAGGGACCUUCUACAUGGAUCAGAAUAUGUUCUUACCUACGAGGACAAGGAUGGUGACUGGAUGCUUGUGGGAGAUGUUCCCUGGGAGAUGUUCAUUGAUUCUUGCAAACGGUUGAGGAUUAUGAAAAGCUCUGAUGCCAUUGGCCUAGCUCCAAGGGCCAUGGAGAAAUGCAGGAACAGGAACUAACUGGUGUCUGAACAUGAUAAUUGCUUUCUGGUCAGCGACCCAAAUGGAAAACAUUCAAGAUAAGCAGAGAAGAACCUGAAGGAGAAAAGAGAAUAGCGGGAUGUAGACUGGAUGGCAAAUCAUGGAUUAGAUGCUUAGUCAUUUCUAUUUAUAUUUUGAUUGCCUGGUAAUUCAUGUUGGUUUAGUUUAUGUUGUGUGUAUUAUUAUUUGUAGUUAUAAAACCUCUAAGAUAAGCAGUCUUGGAGCACCGCUUAAUUUAACUAGUGUUAUGUAAGUUCCUGUUACCAAUAGGGGACAAGUCUGUAAAGUGCUUGAUGUGAACCUGUCUGUUUGCUUAAGUGUGCUUGUUCAAGGACCCGCUCUAUGUUAUGAAUUUAUGAUAUUCCAAAAUCCAAACUGCUAUUGCUAUUAUCCA